UGCGCCCGUAGCGGCUGUUUUGAUUUGUUUUAAACCGAAGUAUAGGACGAGUGAGCCGAGCACGCACACUUUUCUUUUCUCUUUUUUUUUUUUUAGUAAAAAAAAAGUUCAUGGCGUCGUAUCAACAUGUUUUAAAACAUGGAGACACUCGGUUCCAAUCUCCUGUUAAGGUGUUUGCCAAGCUGAAAUCGAACGUACAGGGAGGAGAACAGACGAGAGAAGAACACGCAACGCGAAUUAAGUCAGCGCUGAGGAGACCGAAGAGUAUUCGUGAAUCAAAUGAACUUUAUUCCACGUUUGGUGAGGCGGAAGCGUCGCUUAUUUCGCCCAUAAAUAGCCCCAAGCAAAUCCUUGACAAGUCAUACUUGGAGUAUAUUAGACCGUUCGUGGACGUGCCCCACGCAACCAACACGAGACAUGGAUUCACAUCACCGGAGAAACCUCUUAUGGAGUCCACGGAGGUGUUUCCACCUUGCUUCCGAACAAACCCACGUUCGACCAGAGGUUCUGGUGCGCCGAGCAGGAUUCCGCUCCACAAAGAAAUUCGUGAUGAAAGCAUUGCCGGGUUUGAUGAAGAUUUGCCUCCAUUUGACGUCUCUGUCUCUGUACCGUGCCCCGUGAAGAGGACACUGAGGAAAAGAAAAGUGGAGGAACUGGAGACGAACAAAGUCUGCUGCGGUACGGAUCUCUCAUCCCGGAGCCAGGAUGACGAGUUGGACACUGCAGGAGAGCGUCUCUUCAGUCCAAAGAAAAACCCACGCACACCGGUGCAUAUCCACCCCGAAUGCGUAACCUUAAAAAGGGCCACUGUCUCUCUGGAAAAACUCCUGUCUCCUGCUAAAAUGUUUGUUUAUAUGAAAGAGAGGGUGACCAGAAGAGAGCAAGAUGAAGACUGUGAUGACUACCAGAAACUAAGUGAACCCCCGGAUAGAGUGGUCCACACGAGCUCGGAAAGUCAUUCCAAUGUGGGCAUGAUGAAAAAACACAAUGUUUUAAGAGGGGUGCCGGAUAUUGAGAGUCCAGUCACCCAAGCCGGACUGGAGUCUGGCGGCGGCCAGUCAGACACACGUUAUUCCGAUGGGACCACUUCUUCUGCUGUUGUCUCUGAAGAAAAUUUGCUUGAAGAUCCCAUCUUCUGCAAACCGCCCUCCAUCUGCAUUCCCAACAAACAGAAGUUCACGUUCAAGAACAAGCAGUGGCCAAACUUCACAGCAGCACCCUCGGAGAAUACUAUUCAUCUUAAAAAGUGGUUUCUGAGGAAGAAUAAUAAUGGCCUGUUCUUACAAGGAAUCCACGUGGAAUACGGGACACCGUGGAACAGUAACAUUAUUACUGAGAGAGUUUCCAGGACUGUGGUGAAGACAAUAUCUGGCAAUGUUUACAUCUUGGUGGGCAAGAUGAUGUUUAACGCCGACUCUGACUUGCCCCGCUGGCUUUUGAGGACAUUUGCAAAUGGAUUCCCGGCAAAUUGGAAACACCAUUUUGAGAAAUCUUUGUCAGAAUCCAAAAACUCAAGGAGAAAAGUGAACACUGAAAAGAGAAGUAAAAUUACCAGGGCAACAGAGACGUCUGCUGUCAAACCUAGAAAGAAAAGAGAGAACCAAAAUGGUGUCAGCACCAAUAAAUACAAUACAAGAAACCCUCCCAAAGCAGACAAUAGUUAUUCCUCAAACGUGACUCGGAGUGGACGGCUAGUCAAGCCGCCCCUGGAUUACUGGAGAGGAGGCAGGGUCUUUGUGGAUGCAGACCUGAAUGUUACUAUCUUUGAAUGUUACCAACCUUAUGCCACCUACCCAAAAGUUGCUGCAUUAGUGUCUAUGGAGAAGUCUCAGGAAACUGGCCAGACAUUUCUGCUCAACGACAAAGGUCAUAAACGGCAUGAGUCCAAAAGAAAGAAUGUUCAGCCAGUUCGAUUGAAGGAAGUCAAGACGCCACACUGCAAACAUAAUCAAGUUGAAUUUCAACCUGAGGCGAAUCCUUCUCUUUCAACCACAUCAGCAGUGAAGAGGCACAGCCAUCACGCCACCGGCUCUGAUGAAAAGUCAAGCAAUCAAAACACGCUGCCGACCCUAGAUGGGUCCAAAACAAAAUUGUGCAACUCUCCUCUGUCUAGGAGAUCAGGAAGAAAAUGCACUCCUCGGUUUCCCACUCUAGAUGAAAAAUUAUCUGAGUCUGAAAAGGCGCCAGAGGAAAAGCAGCAGUGGGAGGAGGAAACGCAAACCAAUCAUGUUACCAGCUCUGAUGAACAAGUGUCCAAUAAGAGUAAGAGGCCAUCUCAAAGUAAUCCCAAAAAGCUCCCUGUAAAGGAGUCCAAAAAGAAGGUGCUAAACGCUCCUCCAUUAAAGACCAUUGGGAGAAAACGCACUUGUCCUCAAAUUUCUCCUGUUCAUGAGAAUUUAUCAGAGUCUAACUUAUGUAAAGAUGAGCAAGAGAAGAAGGUGGUGCUUUCGACAAAGGGCAAAGGGAAACAGGGCAAUAAGAGGCCCACAAAGCAACGCAAGAAGCAACUAAUAAAGAGCCACAAACCACUGUCGCCUGUAAAGACUUCGACGAAGUUGAAGCAAUCCAAAAAGAAAUCCAGUAAAGGACGCGCCUUGUCCCCUCAAGGCCAGGAUGAAGGCGAGUGGACGAAGGAUGAGCUGGAAAAACUACAGAAGGCUGUGUCCAGUUAUCCUUUGAACAUGCCAUCCUACUGGACGAAGGUGGCCAUGAUGGUUGGCACACGCUCUGCGGAGGAGUGCCACAACAAGGAUUUGGCCUUGCAAGAUCUCCACACUCCCGUGAAGAGUACCCGGGCAAAACAAAAGAAGAAGAAGGACGCACCAAAAGCCGAAAACCCCCCAGUCAUAUCUGCAGCCAUUGGUACUUUCAAGAGAAAACAGCAGGUGCGUCGCUUCCUGGAAACAAUGCCCAAAGAGAACGUUGACGACGUCUUCAGUGUGGCACACAACAAGCGCUUUGAGAUGCCGUCCAUCUGGUCGGAUGAAGAAGAGAACUUGACAAUGGGGAACCUGGAGCCCCUGACACCUGAGUCACUCCAUUUCCCUCAAGUCAAGACUCCUCGGUGUCUGCUUGCCACUCCUGGAGUGGUUUCUUCUCCAAACAGUUCAAAGAAUGAGGACCUAUAUGUCUUUCAACUCCAGAAAAUGAAACAAAAUCAGGUCAACCUCCGCAAACGAGUUCCAGCGAAGAGCUUGUCGCCCACACCAUCAGUCAAAGGGACAACACGAAAGUUUCAAAUCCCAGGAAACGAUUCCUUUGUCGUUUUUGAGAAGUUUCCGGAGAAAGCUGCUGCUUUUUCUGACAGUGGGGAAGAAGAGGAUUUUUACUUUUCUGACAGUGACUGACAAGUCCUUCUUCUAAUGAUAACUGAAGACUUCCACUCUUUCUCAGGUUUUAAUGUGAGAGUCAACGCGUAUCAAUAUAUCCUCUGUGAUUUUCCUGUCCAUUAACCCUGGGUGUACUCUCCCUCUCACCCGAAUUACCGGGAUGGGCAUCAACUCACCCACGAGUGAGUGAGGAAAGGCGGGAUACAAAAUGGAUGGAUGGCUGAGUUCAUAUGUAGAUAGUGUUAGAUGCAUAUUUGGCUUUUAUUUUAGUAUGUUUGAGUUGGGCUUGUUGCUUUCUUACAAAAAUAAAGG